AUGAUCAUUUGCAACAGCGAUCUCUUAAAAGCGCAUACAUCAGAAUGGCGGAUCCAUCUACUUGCAGCCCGAGAGAUCAUUCUAGCCGAAGCCAAUCGCUCAAGCCCUCAUCAUCCCCUCUUCCGCGUCGAAGAAUUCCUUCUGCAAGAAUUUUAUUCCACCUCGGUGUGGACACACCUGACGACGUUCAGCCAAGUUGACGAGAUUCUCAUAGAUCCGCCCACCAGCAGCGAAGACGCCAUCCUGGCCGACUUUGUCCGCAUCAUUCACUCUGUCACGCAACUGGAGCGCCUCAAGACCCGUUCUCGGGCUUCAAAUCAGGCCCCACCGACUGCAUUCCAGGUCCAAACGAUCUAUGCACAGAUCGAGUCCGCCAAAUCACAUUGCUUGCACGUCAACCAAACCAUCCGGUUCUGGUCUGAUCUCGAACGCCGGGACUUCGAGCUAGUCGUGUCGAUGUACUACUACGCGACGUUGAUCUACAGCACCCAGGCACUUUCCGAGCUUUCGACGGCUGAAACAGCCAAGAAAGAAGCGUGCAGUCACAUCUUGAACCACCUAAAGUUACUAUCCGAGACUCGGAACGGGUUACGAUUUACCCAGGAUCUCGUCUGGCCGCUCUUCAUUGCUGGAACGGAGCUCCGUGGUGAUCGUGCGGGCCAGAAGAUCAUCGAGAAUGGGUUCAAGACUGUGAUACAUACGAGUCGGGCAUUAGAUCGGUCUCGCGUUUUGUUGUUCUUACAAUCUUGGUGGAACGUGGCUGGAGACGAGUUCGUAUCUUGGGUUGAUUUUGCCAGAGCGCAACCGGCUGAGUGCAAUUUCCUUAUCGUUUAA